AUGGCCCAUCUGCUGGGGAACCAAAGCUGCAUGGAUAGCUUGAGGAAGGACAUCACGGACCUGCAAGGAGCCAUUGUGGACGUGUUCUCCCGAGCUGGGGCAGUGCGCUUCCCCUCUUGGAAGUUCCCUGACAAAGUGUCCUGUGACCUAGACUUGGUGUCUCUCUUAGAGCACUAUGACCACGAAGAAGGGAACCCUGAGUUCACUCAGCUUUCCCACAUGGUGCUCCUGGAGCUGGUGAUCGACAGGUGA